GCCGCCGAGCCUCGCCUCGCUAGAGCGGCGGCCAGGGCAGGGCAGCGCCUGUAACUGGAAACCAGCGCCGGCACCGCGCCGCCGCUCCAUUCACUGCUCGGGGCGUGAAUGCGCGCAGGGGAGAAGCGCUCGCUGAGCCUCGGGAGCCACUGCCGGGAUUACUGUACAGAAGAGCCGGGAGUAUCUUUGCAGUCACCACAAGGAGAGUCUUUUCUCUCUUUUUUUUUUUUUUUUUUCCCUUUUUUUCCCCCCUUUUUUUUUGAAAUUUAUAUUUCCCUCUGCCGUGAGGCAGGUUUGGAAUUAAAAUGUUCUGGUAGCAGGAGUGGAGUCUGUAAAGUGAUAGAAACCAGAUAGGAAUCAGUAUUACUGGUGCCUCCAAUAGCCGGGUCUCGUUUCUUGGAUAUUAAGUUGCAAAUCUGAGGAGAUGGCAUUUCUUGCAGUGAACCUGUUGAUUGGGAUAUUUAUUUACUUCAGCAGUGUAAAAGGAUCUUCCCAGCCUCAGGCAAGGGUGUUCCUAUCAUUCACUGAGCUGCAAGAAACUAAGACCUCUGAGUAUCACAGGAUAUCCCACAGCCCCCUGGAUUACAGGAUAUUAUUGAUGGAUGAGGAUCAGGAUCGGAUCUACGUGGGGAGUAAAGAUCAUAUUCUGUCCCUGAAUAUUAACAAUAUAAGCCAAGACCCCCUCAGUAUUUUCUGGCCAGCAUCAGCAAACAAGGUUGAAGAGUGCAAGAUGGCUGGAAAGGAUCCUACACACGGCUGUGGGAAUUUCGUGCGGGUGAUCCAGUCGUACAACCGCACCCACCUGUACGUCUGCGGCAGCGGCGCCUUCAGCCCCGUCUGUGUCUACGUCAACAGGGGACGCAGGUCUGAGGAACAAAUCUUCAAGAUCGACUCCAAGUGUGAAUCAGGAAAGGGACGCUGUUCUUUCAACCCUAACGUGAAUACUGUGUCUGUGAUGAUCAAUGAAGAGCUUUUUUCAGGAAUGUAUAUUGAUUUCAUGGGGACAGAUGCAGCCAUUUUUCGCAGUCUGACCAGGAGGAAUGCAGUGAGGACUGACCAGCACAACUCCAAGUGGCUGAGUGAGCCUAUUUUUGUGGAUGCUCAUGUUAUCCCAGAUGGCACUGACCCCAAUGAUGCCAAAAUCUACUUCUUCUUCAAAGAAAGACUCACAGACAACAGCGGCAGCACAAAGCAAAUUCAUUCAAUGAUUGCAAGAGUAUGCCCAAAUGACACAGGAGGUCAGCGCAGUCUCGUGAACAAGUGGACAACAUUCUUGAAAGCAAGACUUGUGUGCUCAGUAAUGGAUGAAGAUGGAACAGAAACAUACUUUGAUGAAUUAGAGGAUGUGUUUCUCCUAGAGACAGAUAACCCCAGAACACUUGUGUACGGAAUUUUUACAACAUCGAGCUCCAUAUUUAAAGGCUCAGCUGUGUGUGUGUAUCAUCUGUCUGACAUCCAGACUGUGUUCAAUGGACCAUUUGCACACAAGGAGGGCCCAAACCACCAGCUGAUUCCAUAUCAGGGCAGAAUUCCGUACCCACGACCUGGCACCUGUCCGGGAGGAGCUUUCACACCCAACGUGCGGACAACCAAAGAGUUUCCAGACGAUGUUGUGACCUUCAUUAGGAACCACCCUUUGAUGUUUAAUCCCAUUUACCCAAUACACAAGAGGCCAUUAAUCAUCAGGAUAGGAGCUGACUACAAGUAUACAAAGAUUGCUGUGGAUCGAGUGAAUGCUGCUGAUGGAAGAUACCACGUCUUGUUUCUUGGAACAGAUCAAGGAACUGUACAAAAAGUUGUCGUCCUACCCACCAACUUUUCUGCAAGUGGAGAACUCAUUUUAGAAGAGAUGGAAGUUUUUCAGAGUAAUUCUCCUAUAACAACAAUGAAGAUUUCAUCUAAAAAGCAACAGCUGUACGUGAGCUCAGAUGAAGGGGUCACCCAGGUUUCCUUACAUCGCUGCCACAUCUACGGGACCGCCUGUGCUGACUGCUGCCUAGCCCGAGAUCCGUACUGCGCCUGGGAUGGCAACUCCUGCUCCAGGUUUUAUCCCACAGGAAAAAGGAGGAGCCGUAGACAAGACGUGAGACAUGGAAACCCUCUGACUCAGUGCCGAGGUUUCAACCUGAAAGCAUACAGAAAUGCUGCAGAAAUAGUUCAGUAUGGAGUAAAAAACAACACCACCUUUCUGGAAUGCACACCUAAAUCUCCUCAGGCUUCUAUUAAAUGGCUGCUACAGAAAGACAAUGACAGGAGGAAAGAGGUCAAGCUGAACGAGAGGAUCAUAGCCACGGAGCACGGGCUCCUGAUCCGCUCCGUGCAGGACAGCGACCGGGGCCUUUACCACUGCAUCGCAACAGAGAACAGCUUCAAGCAGACCUUGGCAAAGAUCAAUUUCAAGGUCUUGGAUGCAGAGAUGGUGGCUGUCAUGACUGACAAGUGGUCCCCUUGGAGCUGGGCCAGCUCGGUGCGAGCGCUGCAGUUCCACCCCAAGGACUUUGUGGGGGCUUUCAGCCACUCCGAGAUGCAGAUGAUUAACCAGUACUGCAAAGACAGCAGGCAGGCAGGGCAGCACAGGGAAGAAUCUCAGAAGAUGAGAGGGGACUACAGCAAACUAAAGGCCCUUAUCAAUAGCAGAAAAAGUAGAAAUAGAAGGAAUCAAUUACCUGGAUCUUAAUUUUAUUUUAUAGUAAUAGAUAUUUCUGUCCUCAGUGUAGGGGGCUUAUAUUUGUUUAUUGAGAACAAAUUUGUGCAAAUCUGAUAAAAAGUUAAAUUAAAAUCCAGCACACCUCAUAAAAUAUCUGUCUCCUGAUAAAAUGCAGUGUAACCUAACUAAAGAAAAUAACUCAGAGCAUUUUCUUUCCUGGAUGCUUAGUGACUCUGGGCUGGGCUCUGUCCUAGAAGCAGCAUUGGGUAUGCAUCUUAAACCAGAUUCAUCUUUAACAACAGUAUUUAAUUACAGCUGAAUAGAAAUUUUUACAAAAUCAGUGCAUUGUCUUGCAACUCUGGAACCGUACCAGCUAGACUGGUGGUGAAAGAAUCUGGGUUAAGAUGUGUCCUCAGAGUAAGAUGGUACUAAGAUUUCCUUGCACUGUGUUUAAGAGCAUGAGUUUCUUCUUUUUUGCUGCUCAAUAUUGGGUUUACAGCUUUCACUCAUCGAUCAAAUCAUGUGAAUGCAUGACAGGAAGCAAGUAAAGCAGUAGAAAUGUUUCAUUUGCUCAGAGGUCAAAUGAAGGAACAAACAGAAGGAAAACAAAGAAUUUAUACUUUAUCAGAGUAAGCACUGAUUACUGUGCAUAGUAUGAGUUGUAAUAAAUUAAUGAGUUCUGGAAUGUAACUUAAAAUUUCUCUGCUCAUCAUAUUGAUUUUUAUUAAAAUAGGGUGUCCUAUAACACUACAUAGCUUUAUAAGAGGCACAAAGAUAACAUGAGAAUGUUCAUUAUACAUACAAUUUUGAAAAACACCUAAGUGACUUAGGUAUUUUAGCUACUUUUCAAAGGAUUACACUCCAAUUUCAUUUCAAUGGACAGAAUGUAGAUAUACUGUAUAGUGCUUGUUCAUAAAUGAAAAAUAUAGAUUAUCUUUAUUCUGUUCCAUGAUUAGAUUGGAGUUGGUCUGCAAUGUGGAAACAAGUCAUAAGUGUCUUUAAAAAUUUUAAAACACUAUUUUUUCAACUUUUUUCUCAAAGUUGCAAAUAUUUUAACUAGAAUUUUCUAAUUAAACCAUUCCCAUUUUCCAGUCUUUGUACCCUUAUUCUUUUCCAGGUUAUUUUCCCAAUUUGCUCCUAUUUUCAGUUCGCUGCUGAAAAGCAGAUCAGGAAAAGAAAAGAAGAAAAAAAAUGAAUGAGGGAAAAAUAAAACUGAAAAAUGGGUUUGGGUCAAAAACCAAAACCUAUAACUUGAGAGGCAUGUUCAAACAGAAAUCUUUUGUUUAAGAAGCAGCUGUCAGGUUAAUGAAGCAAGUUUUGUUGAAAAUUGUGUGAGUGUGCACAAAGCUAUGCUAGGAAAAGCAAUCACUUAUUUAUUUUUUUUUUAUCAACACAAAUGCCAAAAAGAGGGACAGAUCAUCAAUCCUUUUGCUUUUAAUGUAAGAGUGUUCUGUAAGCCAACUAGUCUGUUCAAAACAGUAACAGGGAUUAAAAAUGUAUUAGUACCUUAGAAAAAUCACAGUUAUUUAUGACAUUGUACAAAAAUAUUAACUGAUGUUCAGCUCAAAACUGAGCUAUGUUGUUAAAAUCUUGCUUUUAAUAUAAUACUCUGGGAGUAACUCAACAGGGCAUGGGGAAACACUUCUGGGUUUGUGUGAAACCCACUUCUGGGUUUGUGUUCAGUCUAGUGCAAUGGAGGUAACACUGGUGUUUACCUGUCUUCAGUUGGAUUGUCACUUUAUCACCACCUCAUGAAGGAUAUCUGGGAAAUGAGCCCUAAUCAUGCCCUUUGAACAGUUUCUGAGUCCCUUUGAUGCUGGCAGGAGCUCUUUGAACUUGUGUGGUUACUGCUUGCGUGGCAGGGCCAGCCUGCUCGUAUUUUGCCAUCUAGUUAAGUGAUCUCGUCACUCACUCAAGGCCUAAAUGUGUAUUUCUGCAAUAUUUAGCCAUUGAUAACUAAGGUCCUUCUUAUGGAAACUGACCUCCAUGAGAUGGAAUUUGGCCCCAAGAGCUGGCAAAGUAGAUUCUGGAGGAAUCUGGAGUUUUGUUUUUUGGGUUUUUUUUCCCCCUGAAUAUGACUGACUUCUGAAGUGCGUAAGUGACAAACCAAAAGUUGAGUGCCAUGGAACAGAACUACCUCCUGGGAUGACAGUAGUGCAUAUUCUCUCUAUGCUGCCAUGCUUUUCCUGUCUCCCCAGCAGAUUCAUUGAGGAGUUAGUGUGAUACUAAUGUCUGUUGUGAGCAUCAGAAUUGCUUCCAGAUGGAAUACAGUGAUUAAUAGGUAUUUAAGGGUACAAAUUGCCCUGUAAGUGGUUAGGUACAGUGAUAUUUUAAUAGGCCCCCAUUAGGCCUCAGAAAUUACAGUUACACUUUUCCAAUAGAAUAUUGGCAAUAAGGGAUUCCAUUAAAACAAUCAGCAUAGCUCAGAGUUUCGUAUGAUUAUAAAAUAAUAUUUUUAAAGCUGCUUCAUAUACCAUUAUUAUGGUAUGACUGUUUAAGGGAUUAUACUUAAACUAACAUUUUUCCUGCUGCAUGAGAACUCCAGUAUAUGAAUACAAUAAGCUUCUGUCAGUGCAUAACUGGUCCAAGCCUCCAUGCUUUAGAAGCCUUCCUGCAUGUAUAGAGAAGUCAGGAGCCAGAUGCUCAGCUGGUAUAAACUGAAGUUACUAAUGUAACUUCCUUACUGUCCUUAUAGCUACUGGGGUUGAUACCAGCUGGGUGUUUGGCCUUAAAUGUACAGAAAAGACAAACUGCAAUUUUUGUUUAAAGUAGCCCCUCUACUGUAGGUAACACCAAAACUUAAGACUAUAAUAUUAUUUGUGCUAUUUAAUACUUCCUAUUUUGAGGAUUUCUAAAUAAUGUAUAUAAUUUUAUUCCUUAAAAAAAUGCAAAAGUAAAAUGACUUCUAGGCAUAACUUCACCAAAUGUAAAGAUGUGUUCUCUGCCAAGAACUUCACUAUGUAUUGUUAUUUUUUUUGCCUUUUUAUUUUGUGUAGUUUGUAAAGUUUGCUGAAUUCUUGACCUAACAAUGUGUUCUUUGCAAUUGUUGUUACUGUAGAUAUGCGUGUUUUAUUAAGAGAAUCUUGGUUUUAAAAGUGUAGUUAUGUGUAUAAGUUCCUAGCAUGAUGAAACUGUCACGACAGUGAAUAUGCAUCAUAUAGUGUGUAAGAAAGAACAAAAUGUAGUUUAACAUAGUGCUAUUUAAUUGAAUAUCUAAAAUGCCCAACAAAAUAAAGUGUGUUGCAACAUCUUAAAAA